AUGUCUUCGUCAGCAGCACAAUCAUCUUCAGAUGAGGAGGAAGAUGAGCCCAUCAACGUGACGGCGACGGCGGAGGCGCUGUCCUCGGGCUGCUGGCGCGGCGUGUCUGCGCGCAGCCAGUACCUGGUGCUGGGCAGGAGGAUUGUAUCUGCAGACGAAGAUGCAGUGUUUUCCUCGCCCGCAGGUUGGCAGCCAUGGUCGGAGUGGUCGGCGUGCAGCGCGUCGUGCGGAGGCGGCGUGCAGCGGCGGCGGCGCGCCUGCUCGCUCAGCACCGGCUGCCAGGGCCACGACGCCGAGCUGCGGCGCUGCAACACCUUCUCCUGUCUCGGCAGCGUGGACGCGCUGUCGCUGGAGGACCGCCGCUACUUCCACCCGGCGCGCGCACAGUGGCAGAGGGUGCCGGGCCGGCCCAGCGCAUACCGCCUGCGGCCCAACUCCUACAUCUGGGUGCCCUCGGCGCAGCUCUUCCCGCGCGCCGGCGGCUUCCCCGCGGAGUUCUCGCUGCUCGCUACUCUGCGGCUGCAUCCCCAGAGUACGAUGGGCACGGUGCUGAGCCUGCGGUCGCGCAGGCAGCAGGACGCCUACCUGUCGCUGGAGGUGUCCGGGGACGGCGAGGGCAUGCGGCUGGUGCACGCCGCCACCAACGGCAGCACCCAGCUGGUGGCGCUGCCCGGCCUCAAGAUCCAGGACGGUCGCUGGCACCACGUCGCCAUAGGGCUGCACGGAGACCACACGGUGCGCAGCUACCUGGACUGCCGCUGGGUGAGCACCAACAUCCUGAGGAGGAACUCCCUGGACACGCCCCAGGACGCUGACGUCGUCAUUGGAUACCUGUUCAUGGGUGACCUGGAGCAGCUGACCGUGGUGCCCUCCGCGGAGGCGGUGUCCGAACAAUGCGACGCAGACGUGGCGCUCACCAACGACACGGCACCCGUCGCCGUGGAGGAGUACGGCGACGCCGACGCCGACGCCGACGACGACGAUGACGACGUGGACAUGGACUCCACCUCCGAGGAGGGCAGCGGCGGUGGCACCGACGAAGACCUCAGCGACGCUGACAACGACAUAGACACCGACUACCAGUACGAGGUGGAGUGGUCCGAGUGGAGCGAGUGCAGCGCCUCUUGCGGCACGGGCUCGCAGUCGCGCUUCUCGCGCUGCGUGGACGACGGCAAGCGGCUGGAGCUGUGCGUGGAGGCGGAUAGAGGGAAGAAGGAAGCAGUUCUUUUGCUUCAACCACUAAAUGAACCAUAG